UCUUCUGUCAGUACUGAUACAAAUGCAAUAGCUUUAACUUGUGUGUCUCUAACUAAAGCAAGUGUUGUAUGUGGGGACUGUCGGCGAUAUAUUCUGUUGUUGCUACCUGAAUAAUGAGCUCACACCAAAAAGAAAAAUGGGGAAGUGACAGCACAGGACUAACAAAUCAACAGAUAGAGGUCCUUGAGUAUAACUUCAACAAUGUCAGCAAGCAGCCUCAUAACACUUCUAUCAUGCUAAUUGCUGCCGAAACAGGACUCACAGAGGAAGAGACUAAAAAAUGGUUCAAAGAGCGGUUAGCCAAAUGGAGAGAGUCUGAAGGUCUGCCUAGGCACUGUGGAUCAGUCAUGGACUAAAUGAACUUUAUUGCCACAUGAAUUUGGUGUUAGGGGACUGGAGGAGCAGCUUUAAUUUUGAAAUCAUUUUAUUUUUAGUUACAGAUGUGAGCAUUAUGUAAAUAAAUAUCUAUUUAAGUGUGUACUCCAUCUAUAGAAACAUUGAUAAAUAUAUACCUGAAUGCUUUGUUAAAGUGAUACUGACAAAAAAAAAAAAAAAACUUUUUAAAAUAUGAAUCUACAUAAAAAGUUACUUAUAGGUCAUGUUGAUCGUUUGUUGCUGAUAGGGCUGCUUUCGUAAGUAAUUGUUACUUGAAGUUCCUGACUGAAACCUGACUGUUUUGCCAACCUGACUGUCCCUUCUCAGCCUGUCAGUUAUAGCUUCUAAUGCUAACAGACUCCUGCUGCACAAAUAUGGCAGCCCCCUUUAUAGGCGAACAUGGGGGAUCAGAUAGGGAAUGUAAAAGCAUUUGACAAAUACUUUUAUGGCAAAAUUAUAAAUAGCAUGCAAAGACAAUGUUAUGACAUGUCAGUAUCUCUUUAAUAAAUAUAUCAAUGUAAUAUAUAAACCAUGGAUUUGCAUGUGAGUAAAGGAAUUUCUAAUAAAUUAUAAAAACGGAAAUAAUCUGCCAAUAUAUAUAUAUAGUAAGAUAAAUUAUUUUUGUAUUUGAAACUAUCAACAUUGGUAUAGUAAUACAAUAAAAAAUAGUUAUAUCUCUGAGAAUCUAAGAGAAAAAAUGCCAAAUAUUAAUGCAGCAUUAAUGAUUUUAAACAUAGUUGAUCUAUUAUGAACAUGUCAUGUUUAAUGUUUUCUCUCUUUUUAAAAAAAAAAAACGAAAUAAAACGUCAUUUUUGCCGCCAAUAUAAUUCGAUCGUUUGGCCCCAGGGCCCCUUUAGUGGAACGACUUAAUUUGUCAUUUUAAAAGAGAAGGAAAGCUACUGAGGCAAUUUAUUGUCAAUAGGUUAACCACAAUAGGGCAACCAAGUACACUAUAUUUAUUCUUUAGACGGCUUUACCAUAUCGGAGUAAACAGCCCUAGACACUCACUGUUUAUUUAAGAUAGCAGCUACCAAUUUAGCUUGGUUUGACCUCUGCUACUGCAUCGAACUCUAGGCUCAGAUAACAGCAGGAAGGGGAUGGGGAGGAAGGAGAAGGGAGAAAGAGAGAGAGAAAAGAGCAAACUGUGCAGGCAGGCUGCCAGGGCACAGAGUUUGAGUUGAGAGAAGGAAGUCCUAUACUGAAGCCCAUGUGUACACAAUAGAAGCAAGGGAAUGCAGUGUUUCUUUUCACAAGAGCAGCAAUACUGUGAGUGUUUAUGGCUGUAUUUAUAUAGACAUUUCUGAUAAAGCUUACUUAGUUUUAACCUUUCUUUCUACCUUUGUAAUAAUUCUGUCUAUAUCUUUUUCUCUGACAAUUGCAAGAAUGCACGUAUGCUGAAUUCUCCUAAAACAUCAUCAAUAUAUCUGUAAAGGGCACACAUGGCAUUUUAUACAAUCAUUAGUGCUGCAUUAAUGUAUUACUUAUAAUGCUAAUGAUAUAUUAAUUAUAUAUAAUAAAUGCCUCUUAAUCAGUAUUCCUGGUGUAAGUACAACAGCUAUAGAGUGAAUAUUUCGUGCAUAAUGACUGAUGUGUGCAGUUUUAUCAGAGGUUUUAAUAAAAAUGUAAGAAAACAAA